AUGUCGUCGUCGAAGUCUCCAUACGAACUGAAAGACUUGAAAAAUAGCUCCACUGAAAUACAUGCCACGGAGCAAGAUAAUGAAAUUGAAUAUUUCGAAACGGACUCCAAUGAUCGUCCAUCCUCACAACCUCAUUUAGGUUACGAACAGCAUAACACUUCCGCCGUACGUAGGUUUUUCGACUCCUUUAAAAGAGCAGAUCAAGGUCCACAGGAUGAAGCAGAAGCAACGCAAAUGAACGAUCUUACAUCGGCUAUCUCUCCUUCUUCCAGACAGGCUCAAGAACUAGAAAAAAAUGGAAGUUCGGACAACAUAGUCCCUAAUACGGGCCAUAAGUCAGACUCGCUGAAGAAAACCAUUCAGCCCAGACAUGUUCUGAUGAUUGCGUUGGGUACGGGUAUUGGUACUGGGUUGCUGGUCGGUAACGGUACUGCGUUAGUUCAUGCAGGUCCAGCUGGGCUACUUAUUGGUUACGGUAUCAUGGGUUCUAUCUUGUACUGUAUUAUCCAGGCAUGUGGUGAAAUGGCCCUAGUGUAUAGUAAUUUGACUGGUGGCUACAAUGCGUACCCUAGUUUCCUUGUGGAUGAUGGAUUCGGGUUCGCGGUCGCUUGGGUUUACUGUUUGCAAUGGCUGUGUGUUUGUCCUCUAGAAUUGGUGACUGCAUCCAUGACUAUCAAAUACUGGACGACAUCCGUGAAUCCGGAUGUGUUCGUCAUUAUUUUCUAUGUUCUGGUUAUUACUAUCAAUAUUUUUGGUGCUCGUGGUUACGCCGAAGCUGAAUUCUUCUUCAACUGUUGCAAAAUUUUGAUGAUGACCGGGUUCUUCAUUCUUGGUAUUAUCAUCGAUGUUGGCGGUGCUGGUAAUGAUGGUUUUAUUGGUGGUAAGUACUGGCACGAUCCUGGUGCUUUCAACGGUAAACAUGCUAUUGACAGAUUUAAGGGUGUUGUUGCAACAUUAGUGACCGCUGCCUUUGCCUUUGGUGGUUCAGAGUUUAUUGCCAUCACCACUGCAGAACAGUCUAAUCCAAGAAAGGCCAUUCCAGGUGCGGCCAAGCAAAUGAUCUACAGAAUCUUGUUCCUGUUCUUGGCUACCAUUAUCCUACUGGGUUUCUUGGUGCCAUACAACUCAGAUCAAUUAUUAGGCUCCGGCGGUGGCGGUACUAAGGCCUCACCAUAUGUCAUUGCCGUCGCAUCCCACGGUGUCCGUGUCGUCCCACACUUCAUUAACGCUGUUAUCCUACUGUCAGUUUUGUCCAUGGCUAACUCCUCCUUCUACUCCAGUGCUCGUCUAUUUUUAACUUUAUCCGAGCAAGGUUAUGCUCCCAAGGUUUUCUCUUACAUUGACAGAGCCGGUAGACCAUUGAUUGCCAUGGGUAUUUCCGCGUUGUUUGCCGUCAUUGCCUUCUGUGCAGCAUCUCCCAAGGAAGAACAAGUUUUCACUUGGCUAUUGGCCAUUUCUGGUCUAUCUCAACUGUUCACAUGGACUGCAAUUUGUUUAUCCCAUCUUAGAUUUAGAAGAGCCAUGAAGGUUCAAGGGAGGUCUCUGGGGGAAUUGGGUUUCAAAUCUCAAACUGGUGUUUGGGGAUCUGCCUAUGCUUGCAUCAUGAUGAUUUUGAUUCUGAUCGCCCAAUUCUGGGUCGCCAUCGCCCCUAUUGGUGAAGGUAAGCUGGAUGCUCAAGCCUUUUUCGAAAACUACUUGGCCAUGCCAAUCUUGAUUGCACUAUACGUCGGUUACAAGGUCUGGCACAAGGAUUGGAAACUAUUUAUCAGGGCCGAUAAGAUCGAUCUGGACUCUCACAGACAAAUCUUUGAUGAAGAAUUAAUCAAGCAAGAAGACGAAGAAUAUAGGGAACGUUUGAGGAACGGUCCUUACUGGAGAAGGGUGGCUGCCUUCUGGUGUUAA